AUGGAGCUUCAGAUCUUAGAAGGUUUACAGUGGAAGGUUGGUGGAGUUACCCCAAAGAAGGGUGGAACAGAGCAUUUAAGGCUCCCUGUUUUCAUCUCAGUUGCAGAUGCAAAAGCUGAAACCAAGGCUAAUGCAUCUGUAUAUGUGCCUCCACCAUUUGCUGCAGCAGCAAUCAUGGAAGCAUUAGAGGCUGAACUGGAUUUGAUUGACAAUGGAAGUACUCACGUAUAUGUUCUUGGAUCUCGUUGUGCUGCUUGUUUGGUGUUAACUGUUGGAAGUGAAGUAUUUGAGGAGUCAGGAAGAUCACUUGUUCGUCGAACAUUAGAUUAUCUACAAGGUCUGAAGAUGCUUGGAGUCAAGAGAAUUGAAUGUGUUCUUCCAAUAGGCACUCCAUUAACUGUUGUUGGUGAGUGUUCUUCAAAAGCAAGCUUGCAGCAUGUUGGUGAUAUAGAAGUGGUUACUGGUGUGACUGAGAACCAAGGGCAAACUGGGCCUCCAAAUGGGGAAAGCAACUUUGAAGAAGCAAUGGAGUUUGAUCCAAUUAAGCAUCAUAAUUUCUUCUGUCCUUGGGUUGAUGGGAAUGUUGCUACAGCAGGGGUCGAGGUGGGGGUAGGACUCACCUCCACCUCAAGUGGUGGUGGUUGUGGGUGGCAGUUGACUUUAGAUGCUUUGGAUGGGUUUCAAGGGAUUAAAACAAUCAGACCCUUGAAUCUGAAUCAGCUGCUUCUCUUUACAAGGAAAACUCCUAUUGGCAAUCAUGAACUGGUACCCAUCAAUACUUUGCUGCUCAUCACCACCACCAACCACCACGUUUCUUCCGGAAGACUCUGGCGGUGA